AUGGUGAGGCAGCCGAGGUUCCAGGAGGUUGCGGACCUGGCUUUUCCGUUUCUCGCUGGGGGUUGGUCCGUUGGGAGUAGGGGGUUGAGGGAGGAUACGCUGGCGCUUGAGAGGGCGGUGGAGGGGGGGGAGAGGGUGGUUGUUGAGGUUGGUGGGAAGAAGGGUGGGAAGGUGGGGGAGGGGAGUUGGUGGGAGAAGGGGAGGGGGGAGAGGGAGGAGAGCGGGUUACCUGAGACGCAUGGGUGUCGGUGGAGGAGUAAUGAUCCUUGUGAGGAUUACUUCGCGUUUGGGACGUCUCCUGGUGUCGGGGGGAAACCGUGGAACUAUUGGGGGGUUUACGACGGGCAUGCAGGUUCACAGACGUCGUUCUGGCUGCAGAAGACGUUGAUACCACACGUUUCGCUCUCGCUUUGCUAUCUCGAUGAGCUUAGUGGUCCUGAUGCCAUCACGAAGAACAUUUCGCAGACUUUCCUUAAUGCGGAUGAUUAUCUGAUGUCGCAAGCUAAGAAGGCCGUCUCCUGGAGCCCUCCCGCCUCUCCCAUCGGCUGUCGAGAUGUCGAAAACGCCAUGGCCGGAAGCUGUGCCCUAUUGUCCAUGUUCGACCCGCAGACCUCCAAACUGCGCGUGGCCUGCGUGGGAGACUCCCGCGCCGUGCUCGGCCGCUGGGACCCCGUCGAGCAGAAAUACGUCUGCAUGCCCCUCUCCACCGACCAGACCGGCUUCAACAAGGACGAAGUCUCGCGCAUCCAGGCCGAGCACCCGGAAGAAGACGACAUCCUCGACCCGGACUCCGGCCGCCUCCUCGGCCUCGCCGUGACGCGAGCCUUCGGCGACCACCGCUGGAAAUGGCCCAACGACCUCGUCACAAAAGCCCAAACCAACCACUUCGGCACCGCGCCUCGACCCAAAAGCCGCACGCCACCCUACCUCACCGCCGAACCCGUCAUCACAGAGACCGACAUCAUCCGACACCCCGCGUCCUCGCAGUCCUCCGCGUCCCCAGCCCACACCCCCCGCUCCGACUUCAUGAUCCUCGCCUCGGACGGCCUCUGGGACCGCAUCUCCUCCGCCGACGCCGUCGCCCUCGUCUCCUCCUGGCUGACCGCGCGCUCCCAGGGCGCCGGCUUCGUCCGCGACAACCCGUCCGCCCCUUCUCCCCCGCAAUACCCCAUCCCCGACGUCCUCGAAUCCGGCGUCACCGUCACGGACGGCGAAGUCCAGUGGCGCGCCGAGCCCGCUUACUUCUCCGUCGAGGACGAGAACGCGGCCGUGUGUCUUGCGCGCAACGCGCUGGGCGGGACGCGCAAGAAUCUGUUCCACGGGCUCGUGCAGCGCGAUGCCCCCUGGGUGCGAAAUGCCGUCGACGACACGACGGUCAUUGUUGUGUUUUUCGAUGAGGAUUCUGAGAUUCCGGCCAAGGGGAAGGGCAAGGAGAGGGUGGAGGUCGAGGGGAUUAGGCCGGGUUUGUUGGAGCAGUUUGAGAAGAAGGAGAAGAGGUGGUGGUGGCCGUUUUGA